AUGGCCAAGUCUCGCACUCCUCUCAUCAUCGGUGGUGCCGCCGCCACUGGUAUCGGAUACUACCUCUACGCCGCUGGAGGCAACCCCCGAGCUGCCGAGAAGAAGUUUGAGAGCGACGCCCACAGCGCUGCUGCCGAUAUCAAGGGCCACCUCCCUGGCCGCACUGCCAACGCCGAGGGCGAGCUGAAGGGAGCAGGUGCCGCUGCUGGUCAGAAGAUUGACCAAGUCACUGCUGAGGCCGAUCGCACAGCUGGUGUCAUCAAGAGCAACGUCGAGGCGGUUGCCAAGGACGCAAAGGCUGAGGCCAUGAGAGUCGUCGACAAGUUCGACAACCGUGUCGAGGCCGAAGCCGCCAAGGCCAAGGGUGGCCUCUCAGGCUGGUUCGGCGGCAAAUAA